CUCUGCUCGCAGCCCGUGAAAGCACUCCUACCAUCUAGCAUUAGGCGUCAAUAUCGAUGCUGCUGCUUCAUCAUAAUCAACGGCCCCUUUAACAGCGCAUGUUGCACGGCCACCCCGCCUAAAUCAACCCCGCUGUCGCAUGGCAGUGUGUCGCAUCGCAUCGCAUUGCAGCUACCCAAUCCAUCCUCUCGUCCUAUUAUUACCCAUCAACAGUCUUCAUAUACCUUCCUCCUCGUUGUCCCCUCUCUUUCAUCUUAUUGUUCAAAACAUCCUCCGCCAUCAUGGCUUCUGGACACAAUGAUCCAAAGCUGCUCUACUCCGUCACAGGCGUCAAGGCCUACCACCUCGCAAAUGGCACCGAGCAGUCAUUAACGCCAUCAGGGCCGCAGACGUUGUCGCUGCUGAUGGUGCCGACUUCUUCGGGCUUCGCAGACCCGGCAAGCACUGGAAACGGGAAUGGAAACGGGGAGCAGGACUUCUACCUCCACCUGCAUCUGCCGCCCGAGCUCGAUCUUCCCAUGCCAGCGACGACGCAAAUCUACCACCAACCUCCCAGCAGCUACCUGAUUCCACGGUGGGAUCUCGGCCCCGGCAAUGGCGCAUUCACGCGCCUAGAAUUCCCCGUCGUCGGCAGCAGGCCCAACGUCCAAGAGGAUGUCGAUACCUUUGAGACGAUUCUUGCACAAUGCACCGCAUUCCUCGAGCGAGCGCCGGCCCCAGCUCCGCCCCCAGAAAAGCGCAGGCCCUCCGACGCUGCCAGGGCAAAGGCAAGAGAAGCUGGAAGAGACGAUCCUCCCCCCUAUAACCCUGCCAACUUCGACGAGGGCGAGGGAUAUGUCCGGGGCAGUCACAGCUCUCAUUUGCCCGGGAGGAUCGUCCUCAUUGAUGAAGAGGAUGGCAGCGUCAUGGGCGAGCUUAGUGACGGCUUCAAUGUGGUCGAGGACGGUGGUGUUAAACCUGGAUCCAAAGAACCCGUCGAGAUUAUUCUCCCUGCCGAUGGCAGCCACAACAUCUCUGUUCAGCCCGCCUACGACUACAUAGAAGACACUAUCCACCCUGCCUACAGGACAUCGACCAUUGUCUCGUCAGCCACUAAAGCCUCGCGGCUCCUCAUCACAACAUCCGACUACGUUGCAAAGGCAAUGCAGAACCAGGCCGACAACUUCACCAAGAGUACCAAGCCUGCUGCAAAUCCCAUGACGUUUGCCCCUACAACCCACGACCAUAUUCGUCGCAUAAACCAUUACUCUACCAGAGUCGCUACUCUUUCGGCUCAAACCAUUGGUUCUAUCAAUCACUUUGCUCAAAACUUUGGCGCCGGCAUGUCGAAGCGCAAAGAUGGAAAGGCACGAGGCUACGAUAAAGACGGCAACGUCAUUGAGACGUAUAAGCCAGGCGUGUUGAACAAGAGUCUAAUGGCCUUUAACACCGUCGUCGAUGGCAUGGAGCAUGCCGGAAAGACUUUGCUAUCCGGCACAACAUCCAGCAUGUCUACAGUGGUUGGACACCGCUGGGGGCCGGAGGCAGGAGAGCUGUCCAGGCACCUGGGCGGCGGCUUCAAAAACGUCGGAUUGGUGUACAUCGAUGUGACGGGAGUCUCCCGCCGCGCCAUUCUCAAGAGCGUCGCGAAGGGUAUGGUUGUCGGCAAGGUCAAGGGAGGAGGCCAAAUUAUUGUCGGCGACAGCAACGGAACUAACAACGUCGCGGUUGUCUCUGGAGGCAAUGGCAGCGGCAGCGGCAGCGGCAGUGGCAAUGGCAGUAGGAGUGCUAGUGGUAGUGGAAGUAGUUCGAGAAAUGAAUCUAGGAGCGGCAAUGGGAAAUCGAGCGCAGUACACGAUACAUAUGGAGGCGGCGCAACAAUUCCAGGGAGCAAAGAGGGCAACGGCAAUGGGAAGAAGUCGGCGUGGUGAUGGUAUAUAAGAGAUUGUACAUAAGAGGUGAUCAGUUUGUAUUGCUGCAGCUUGGAGAUACCACCGAUAUGAGAUACGACUCUGCCUAGUGCAAUUUAAACAACAUGAGCUUUCUAAUUCAAAAUAAAAGUAAAUUUCACUGACGA